ACAUACUUUAUCGAUAUAGGGGAUCCAAAAGAUUUUUGAGGGCAACAUUGCCCCACAAAUGAAGGAAAUCACGGAAUCUACCAAAAUCCUACCUGUUUCAUGACCGAUUUGUUGUCAAUUUCGAGUGAGGAGGCUGGCUGGUGAGGCUGAAUGGGCCAAGGCAGGGACUGUCGUCAUUGAGGUCGGUUAUCUUGGCUGGCUGUGUGAUUCCAACUCUCUCUGCCGAAGUAGCUAUAGGACUAGUUGUAGUGCUAGUAGUAGUAGUAAUAGUGAUAGCUAGAAACACAUAUUCUUGUACAGUAAUGCAUGUACAACAGAUAGGACUGGGCCUGUCAGAUCAUGUUGUGAAUUGUCUUCCACCUUCAUCCCCAUCCAUAUCUUCAACUUCAUUGAAGUUUCAUGGGCUCGAACGACCAAUCAGUGACACAAGUUUGGCCUGAAUGCGAAUUGUGUGUCCCGUCCCCAAGCAAGUGUUGUUGGACAGGUCCGAGUGCCUGUUUCUUGUUUGCUCAGGUGUUGCUAAUAUUGUGUUGGAAAUACCUACCAAACUCAUCAAGGCCCAUCUGAAGUUCAGUUACAGAAAUUCAGGACAACAUGGGAAUGAGUUGAGAAGUGAAGUGUCCGCCCCCACCCAAACCAUCCACCCACCCACCCAAGACCACCUCAAACGCAAGAGGAACCAUGUCGUUCCUGAGGGGUUCUGCCAAUUACGUUUGGUGCACCACAAGUGUCCUGGGGAAAGGGGCCACCGGUGCCGUGUUCCAGGGCGUGAACAAGCACAAUGGUGAGACCGUGGCGGUUAAGACAUUUAAUCAACUCUCGCAUAUGCGUCCGCAAGAAGUUCAAAUGCGCGAGUUUGAGGUGCUCCAAAAGGUGAAGCAUGAGAAUAUUGUCAAACUUCUGGCCAUUGAAGAGGAGCAGGAAGGCCGUGGGAAAGUGAUUGUUAUGGAGUUAUGUACAGGAGGAUCAUUGUUCAAUCUAUUGGAUGACCCUGAGAAUAAUUUCGGGUUGGACGAGGAUGAGUGGGUUCUGGUUCUAAGUCACCUCUCGGCCGGUAUGAAUCACCUCCGCGACAAUAAUUUAGUGCACAGAGAUUUGAAACCAGGCAAUAUCAUGAAAUUCAUCAAGGACGACGGAACCAUCGUGUACAAGUUGACCGAUUUUGGUGCUGCUCGUGAACUUCAGGAUGAUCAACAGUUCGUCUCUUUGUAUGGAACGGAGGAGUAUUUGCACCCGGACAUGUACGAAAGAGCGGUCCUGAGAAAACCCGUGGGAAAGACAUUUGGCGCCACUGUGGAUCUGUGGUCCAUUGGCGUGACCUUAUACCACGUGGCUACGGGAAAUUUGCCUUUCAGGCCAUUUGGUGGGCGUAGGAACAAGGAGACGAUGUAUCAUAUCACGACCAAAAAGGCCAGUGGCGUCAUUUCCGGGGUUCAAACCAGUGAUAACGGUCCCAUCCAAUGGAACAAAGAGCUCCCCUCCACAUGCUUGUUAAGUGCCGGCAUCAAAAAACACAUCACGCCCUUAUUGGCCGGCCUGCUAGAGGUCAACCCUGAAAAAAUGUGGACCUUUGAUCAAUUCUUCUCGGAAGUGACCCGCAUUUUGAACAAGAAGAAACUCCAUAUCUUUUAUAUGAACAAGCUCUCCGAGCUCCGUGUAUAUUUAGACAAAGAGGAGCGAUUAGAGAACUUCCAACACCUACUGUUGGAACAAACUGGCGUAGAUCCCGCCAAACAAUUGCUGCUCUUUCAAAGCAAUUUCCUAACCCAUUCUGUGGAGCCGGUAACUCCCGGAACGAGCUAUCCUGAUACAAGCCAGAAUGAACCGAUCGUGUUGUUCAGUAAAGAGAAUAACAACAUCACGUUGGGCAUCGAGAAGGAAGUGCCGUCGUUCCCGGCCUUGCCCAAUCUGGUGUCGGUGGAAAACGAUGCCACCUUGGCCAAAUCGGCCUGUGCGGUAGGCUAUGCCUAUCGGAGAAAGAUCGAGGCCUACAGUAGGUGCUCGGAAGUGAUCGAUAAGGCUGUGAAAAUGUUAGUGGAAGUGAUAAGUACGCAAUUGGAGAAGCUCUUGGAGAUCUCGGAGAAGUGCAAGGCUCUCACCAAGAUCACUGAGAGCCAGAUGAGCUUCUUUAACGCCAGUCAUCUCUCACAUCUCCGCAUCAUAGAGGUGUUCUCGCGCAAUGAGCACGAAUCCAUUGAAGACUGGAAGAAACGCGUCGACGAGCUCGUCCGUGACGAUCUCGUCCGAUUUCAAGGUUAUCGAAAGCAAUUACACGAUCUCUUUCCUGCCAUUGAGCAGCUGAAUAAGCGAUACGUGCUCGAGCAUCAUCUCAUUCGCGAGUGGAAAGAGGUGACGCGCGAAAUCAACAAUAUUUCCCCCUGUGCCAUUAAAGGCAAGACAUACGUGGGCAAGCUGAAGGAGUCCUGGCAGCAUUUACUAAGGGAUCGAGCCUCCCGAACUCUCACUUACAACGAUGAGCAGUUCCACAUACUGGAGAAGAUCAAGAUGCAGGAGACCAUUCGCAUUUUGGCGGAUCUUUUACAGAAGGAGUGCCAGCCCGUGGUCAAUCAGCUCACCGAAGUCUUGGCCGAUUGGUUCAAGAUGGCGCAAACCACGUUCCUCCAAACGGAGAUACUACACAAGGACAUCACCAAGUAUGAGGAUGAAAUUGAGACCUUUUCGGUGGCGGUCAAAACGUCGCAAGAUCGAUACGAGUCCCUCUUGGAUGAGGUCCUCACCAAUGUGAAGGAGGAACAAAAUGCGGACUUUGAAUUGGAGAAGCAGAAGAUGCUCUUGUUACAACACAUCACCGCCAAUGGUAACAAAAAUCCCAACCAUGACACGGAGAACCAUACCACUAAUCAUACGAACAAUUCGAAUGAUCCCGGGAAAUCAAAACUCAACGAGAACAAGGUCCAGAUCCGGCGAGCUCUUCGUUCCAUUUUAACUACACAAGACGAAGUUUGGGGAAUCAUGAAUGAAAACUCCCGACUCAUUGAACAAUUCGGUCAACUUGCUGUGGCUUCGUCUUCUAUGGAUCACAACUCCUCUCAGAUUCUCGCAGAAAUCGACGAUACCUUGGAAAACUACGGAUCCCAUUGAAAACACAAGAAUCUCCAAACAAGCGACAUUUGCUCACGUCCAAAGAAGAAAGUAACCAAAAACCAUGACACACGCUAUUAAGUAAUUUCAAAAAAUGCGAAGGUCCUGAUUCAAUCUCAAGAUGAUUUAGUUUUCUAGCCAAUAUGCGUUGAAGAUACGUUGUUAGUUCUAAAUACAUUUGGCAAUUCUAA